AUAUGAAAAUAAUUAUGAUGUCAUUGAAUUGAUAAAAUAUAAAAUUUGGUAAAAGUGCAUAGAGAUUAAUUAAAUAAUAAUUAUAAUAGUAGUAUCAUAAUAAACAAAGAAAAAAUAUAACAAUGAUUAUAUUAUACAACAUUAUAAUGAUCAUAAAUUUAUUAUAUAAUGUGAAUUGUAAUUAUUCAAGCAUCAUUGAACCCGUCAUUUAUGGAGGUCAUCAGUUAAUAGUGAAUCAGAAUGGGAAAGUGGAUUUUAUGAAACCAGAAAUUAUUAGUAUCAAUAGUCAAUCACAAAAUAUUCCACCUCAUAAAACUCCUGAAGUUAAACAAUCAGUAGAAGAUAUUUCAAAAGACAAAAGACGAAUAGCACAGAAUUACUUUUUUCAUAGUGUACAAAUUCCAGAAAGUUUAAUACAAUUUCUUCUUGAUCGAUUUGUUUCAAUAAGUUAUGCACUUCAUGGAUUUAGAACAGUAAAACCAAGGCAUUUAUGCGGUGGUCUACUCAUUAGUAAUGAAUGGGUAUUAACUGCAGCUCAUUGUAUUAGUCCAUUUCAAAGUAUAGAUUUUCAUGUUGCAUUUGUACAUCUUGAAUCCUGUAAUGAAUUAUGGAAGAAAUUACAAUUAGAAACAGAAAUAAAACAAAUCACAAGUUCUGAACAACGACAAGAAUAUGAAUGGAUAAAUAUUUGUAAACAAAGUUUGAUUGAUAAUUCUAUUGGUCAAAAGUGUCCUUUUAGUUAUUUAUGCGCUGGUGGAAGAUAUGUAGAUGGUGAUACAUGUCAAGGAGAUAGUGGUGGACCACUUUUAUGCAUUGAAUCAAAAAAUUAUUCGAAAUUUAUAAAGCGGCAAAAAUGUCGUAAGAUGUUGUCAAUAAAUGGCCAAUCAAUUCAAUCAAGACUCAGUAGCUAAAUGGAUAAUGCAAUGGCAUUUGAAGUGAACGGUACUGGGUUCGAGUACCCGAGUGAACAUCAACUCUGAGAUGCAGGUACAUCCGACUGAUGAGUCUCAAAUAGGACGAAAUGCGCGUCCUGGAUUCCACUGUUAGCCACUAACCAUCUUUGCUUAAAAAGCUUGUGAUUUAAGGCAAUAUCGAGGCAAUCCGAACAUGAUGCAUAUAUGCCAAUAAGAGACUGAUCAAUUGCAGUUCUAAAUAACAAUGGGAAGAUACAAUUCAAUAAAGACAAACGCACAAAAGGUGUAGAGAUCGGUGAACGAAGGUAAAAGCAGGAGGACCAAGAAAAUUAAUAUAUUAAUAAUUCAUUAAAGCACAGUUCGAUUAUACUGAUGAGUGAUAUUUCAGAUAUUUAUGUAUUUCAAGACUAUGUUCAAAUUCAGUUUAUUUUGUUCAACGUCAGUGAUAUGGAAACCAAAAUCACUGUUAAACUUUAACAUAAUACACAUUAUAGUUAGGUAAUAUUUGAGUUUAUGUUUACUAAAAUAUAACAAUCUAAUUGUCUUAAACAUAUUUAUUGGCAAGAAAGAAGAGCAAUCUUUUGCGCUAAUUUUGUUGAUUGAUUAACUGCCUAGUGUGAUACUUUAAGACUUCAUGGUUUUGAUAAGUUUUAUUUCACAUAACUUAUUGCUACAUUUUGAAACAUGAAGUGGAUAAUCAUCUAUGUAAAUUGUUAAGGUUCUCUCUUAAUGUACUGGAUUGAUAAAUACUUGUGUUAAAUCGGAUAUUUAGGCACUUGAAGUAUUAGUAUUUCGUGUACAAUUUAGAGCUUUACAAGUGACUGUAGAGCAGAUCAGUUAUGCAUAGCAAGUUUGAAUAGUUAGGAUGAUGUUAUGCAAAUUAUUAGGUUUGUCUUUAUCAGAGAUCGAUCUUAGCUUAAAAAUCAUCCCAAACUAGUGAGCAGUGAACUGAAGUUUCAUCUUUAUUUAGGACUACUCAUCAGUGACGGAAUAGGACCAUACACCAAAUUGAACCUAGAAACUCCAUGCUUCAUGCCGAUUGUAUUACUUUUGAACUACAGAGUUGAAGACCAUUGUUUGACAUUUUGAAGUUCAGUAAAUUUGCUGUGCAACCCAUGGGUAAUUUGAAUUUGUUGCCGAAAUCAAUAUUACUUUUGGUCAGAAUAAAGUUCACCAGUAAUGCUAGCUUUUAUCAUAGGGCAUUAUUAUCUGUAAAACUAUUUGUUAGAAUUAGUAGAAAAAAAUGAUGACAAAUCAAUUGUCGACGAAGAUGUUAGACUAAGUUUUUUAAAAAAUGACUGUAAGAUAUGGAAUAUCAACCAGUAUAGCUCAUUUUUGAUUGAGAUCAUGAAUCGAUCAAUGUUAGACCAACAUUGAAAACCUGGAAGCAUUGGACGGCUGUUUCGUCUCAGCACGGGACUCCUCAGCAGUACGCGUCAGUGAUUCUGCGCACGGGAAUGGAACCCAGGACCUUCGGUUUCGCGUGCGAACGCUUAACCUCUAAACCACUGAGCUGGCAUUCAACGGUGUUAACGUCUAACUUCAAUCGACCCAUGAUCUUGAGCAACUCAUUUUCUGAGGUCGAUAACUGUCAUACAGCAGACAUGGAUUGGGCUCCACUAAUCAGGGGUUCUCACUAGAACUGUGAACAUAUAACAAUCUCUAUGAUCAAUACACGCAGAUGCGCACUACCGAGGAGUCCCAUAUUAGAACGAAACGGCCGUCCAGUUCUUACAGGUUUUUAGUGAUGGUCCAAUAUUAAUCAUUCAUGAUCUUAAUCAAAACUCAAUAAUCUCCACAUACCUAUAAUGAUAGUACAUUUUACAAAUUACUGAAUGUUAAUCUAUACAGUAUUCCAUAACAACUAUGAAUUGUUGAAUUCAUUAGCUUACUAGUAAAUACAGUUUGUUUGGCUUAAUUUGCGAAUAUUGAAACCUUUCAAUUCCGGUCUCUUAGUUAAAUUUACUGAAAUAAUAACAGUUUAUAAAAAUUACUACUAUUCUAUCAAUAACAUUUAUUUUGUGUUCAGUGAUUGUUUCUAAGUAAUUAUUAGAAUAUUCUAGAGACUGUUCAUUAAAAGUUAAUCAUAACUCUUACAAUCUCUUUCUAAAAAUAUAAAUAGUUUUCAGCAAAGAUGGAUAGUGGUUAGCAGUGGAAUCCAGAACGUGUGUUUUCUCGUCCUAUUUGGGACUCGUCAGCUGGAUGUACCUUCCACUGCUAGCCACUAUCCAUCUGUGCUUUAAAAAAGCUUGUGAUUUAAGGCUAAAUAUCGAGUCAAUCCGAACAGGAUGCACAUAUGCCAACAUAAGAUUGAUGAAUUGCAGUUCUAAAUAACAAUAGGAAGUUACAAGUAAAACAUCAC